AGUCUGCAGCAUCGUAGUCGGUCGAUUAUACGUUGUACAUAGUUAAUUAUUAUCUAUAAAUCGUUCUAAAUGGAGCGCUAUAAGUUUGAACCUGCAACGAUCGAAUAUGAUCCAAUGUGCGACAAGGAGAAACCACAAAAAAUUUCAUUCGAAGAUGUCUCAGCUGCUGCUUUUAGGAUCCAUAGUCACAUAAUUAAAACGCCAUGCGUGAAAUCUCACAUGUCUACAACUUUUGGAAUGGACAUAUAUCUCAAAAACGAUUUUCUUCAACACACUGGAAGUUUCAAAGAACGAGGUGCCCGAAACGCUCUGUUGUUGCUAUCAAAGGAUAAUAAAACACGUGGCGUCAUUUCUGCGUCUCUUGGGAAUCACUCACAGGCUCUGAGCUACCAUGCCAACAAUCUGAACAUCCCUGUUACCGUCGUGAUGCCCAAUGUAGCUCCGAUCAUGAAGAUUCAGAAGUGCCGAUCUUACGGCGCCAACGUGAUCGUACAAGGACAUGACAUGAAGGAAGCUAAGUAUCACGCCAUGAGUUUGGCUAAAGAGCGAUCGCUAAUUUACAUCAAUGGCUACGACCACCCUCACAUCAUGGCGGGACAGGGCACGGUGGGCUUGGAGAUUAUAGAGCAGGUGCCCGACGUGGACGCCGUCAUUGUACCCGUGGGCGGCGGCGGCCUCCUCGCCGGUGUCGCCACCGCUAUCAAACACCUCAAGCCUCACGUGCUUAUCUACGGUGCAGAGACGGAGAAGUGUCCGAGCAUGGAGUACGCGAUGAAGCACGACGAGCCCUCCAGUGUGGAGAUCAAGUCGACGCUGGCGGAUGGCCUUGCUGUGCCCACAGUCGGGUACAACGCCUUCGCCACAGUGAAGCAUAUUGUCGAUAGAUUGAUUACAGUGAACGAGGACUGGAUAGCUCGCGCUAUCUUGCAUCUCAUCGAGCAGGAGAAGUACGUGGUGGAGGGCGGAGGUGCUAUCGGCGUGGCGGCCAUCAUGGCCGGCCUGGUGCCUGAGCUCGCUGGCAAGAAGGUUGUGUGCAUCCUGUCGGGAGGUAACAUCGACACGACGAUCCUCGGCCGGUGCCUGGAGCGAGGACUAGCCGCAGAGCAACGACUCGUGAAGUUCAAAGUGACGGUCAGCGACCGACCCGGCGGUAUCGCAGAACUCUGCAAGCUUAUCUCCUCUACCGGCGUCUCCAUUAAGGAUAUCAUACAAGAACGCGCUUGGGUUCAUGGAGACAUCUUUAGUGUUCGGGUGAAAGUGGUGUGUGAAACUCGUGGUCCCGAGCACCUGGAGGAGUUGCGCGCCGUGAUCGCCAACACGUACCGAGAGUGGGACUUCGCAGGAGAGUACGACAACUUCGCGCGCCGGAACAGCACUGAAUCACUUGACGACGUGUCACACUAAGCCACUGUGUGUUGUGUCAGUACCUACACUGCACGGAGGCUACUCAAUGAUGGUCUCAUGCAGUCCUGGCCAGACGAUGAAGGAUCCAGUGGGCCUGAAAGAAAUAAAUAAGUAUAGACAUGAAAGCCUUUAACACCCACUGGAAAAAAGUUUAUUUACUGCUAGGGAUUUUUUGUGUUUCAUAUUUUUUCUUGGAUUCACCAAUUUAGUUUAUAAGAUAUUUAAUAAAUCUGUGAUAGAUAUAAAUUUAACUAAUGACAUUAUUAGUUGGUAAAAUGUAUAAUAAUUAUUUGGGCGUCUUUUAUAUACUGAACAAGAAAGGGCCACCGAAGGAAGAGAUGUAGCGUAGAAUUGAAUAUUGUGAGGACGAGUCGAAUCUGUCUUAAAAUAAGUUAGCAAUCAUAAUAAAUCAUAUUAUAAUAUGAAUCAUAUUAUGGUAUAUACAGCUUAAUAUUUUUUUAUUUGUUCUAGACAUUUUGUAAAUAAAAACUUACUUUAAUUAAAAAUAAAGUUCUUCA